AGCUUUAUAAAUUCCCUUACACUCACCCUUCUUCCCAUUCUAUAUGCUUAGUUUUCCGUGUCAUCUCCUUUAAACUAUCCUUAGCUUUCUGGUCUUGUUUUCAAACUUCAAGCUUCAAUGGAUCUCCGUCUCUUGCCUAUCGUUGCUUUCCUUUCACUCGCUUUGGCAGUGACUGGUGCAACUCUAUCUUCGGAGGAUUACUGGCAAUCAGUGUUGCCAAACACGCGGAUGCCAAAAUCAAUCCAAGAUCUUUUGUCAUCUGCAGAUGUAACAGAAGAGAAGAGCACUUCAGUUAGUGUAGGAAAAGGUGGUGUAAAUGUCAACACCGGAAAAGGGAAGUCCGGUGCCCCCACGGGAGUAAACGUUGGACGUAAGGGUGUAGGUGUGAGCACUGGUAAGCCGGAUGGUAAAACCAAUGUGGGUGUCGGAAAGGGUGGGGUUUCUGUACACACAGGUCCAAGGAAGAAGCCAGUCGUCGUCAACGUGAGCCCAUUCAUCUACAGCUAUGCUGCCUCCGAGGAUCAGCUUAGAGAUGACCCAAAUGUGGCCCUCUUCUUCCAAGAGAAGGACUUGCACCAAGGCACUACCAUGAACUUACACUUCACCAAGACAACAUCUGGUGCCACCUUCCUGCCACGCAAAGAAGCCGAGACCAUACCCUUCUCCUCUAACAAGUUCUCCGAUGUCUUACAGCGAUUCUCAGUUGUGCCCGGAUCAAAAGAAGCUCAGGUGAUGAAGAACACAGUCCAAGAGUGUGAGGAGCCAGCGGUACAAGGAGAGGACAAGUACUGUGCUACUUCAUUGGAGUCUAUGGUGGACUAUAGCACUUCAAAGCUUGGGACUAAUGUUCAGGCCAUGUCGACUGAGGUGGACAAGGAGGAAACCCAGAAGCAACAGUACACCAUCACAGCAGGUGUAAAGAAGAUGUCUAGCGAUAAGGCUGUGGUAUGCCAUGACCAACCUUACGCGUAUGCUGUGUUUUACUGUCAUUCAACUCUAACCACAAGGGCUUACAAGGUUCCAUUAGUCGGUGCUGAUGGAACAAAGGUUAACGCCAUUGCUGUGUGCCAUACUGACACAUCUAAGUGGAACCCCAAGCACUUGGCCUUUCAAGUACUUAAGAUUAAGCCUGGAACUACUCCAGUUUGUCACUUCCUUCCUGAAGAUCACGUUGUGUGGGUUCAAAAUUAGACGGAGAACAUAUCAUAUAUAACACCGGUAUUCCUGCUUUGGCUUGCUUCUUGUGCUUAUAGGAAGGUUUGUUUCCAUGGGCACUUACCACGGCACCUAGUACAUUCAUGUACUAGUACUUCACAGUUAUCUCCCUCUAGAGUUAGUUUGUCUGUUCUACAUAUGUACGUACAUCUCCAUGGAGAUGUUCACAUCUAAUAAUACAUAAUAAAUGCUACUACUUUAUUUUUACUCA